UUGAUCCCAGGGAUAUACUGACUUGAUCUAUUUCAAACAAAAAAAAAGGGGCUUGAUCCGUUCGCCGACCCGCGACAGUAACCCGGUCAGGACUCUGCCGUACAGCCACUAAGCGGCGGCGCACGGCUCUCAAUCGCUUUGUCUCCUCGACGCGGUACCAACUCGCUUAAUCUGGGUCUUCCAGCUGCGCCGCUCAAUUUCGCCAUUGAAGCUCGUCGCAGGGAGAGUUCAUACCCUGAACCUAAAAUCAGAGGAUGGACCCAAAUUUAGGGCAGAACAGACUUGAAGAUGUCAGCUGGCUCUGUUCCCUCUCUGAGUCUGAGCUUGAUUUGCUGAUCAGCUUAAAGAAGCUUGUUCUCCAAAGGGCAGGCGUGAUUGGGCAUGAAGAACUAGCUGUCAAGUUUGAUCUCAAGGUGCUUAGAGCUCUUGCGUUUGUUCUGAUGACGUGUAUCAAAGAUAAGGUUAAGGAUUUGUCACUUGUUCCGGGCUUUGAAGACUCUGCUGCAUUUAUGGAAAGUUGCAAUCUAUUGAAAUGUGACCUUGGUGACGUUAUGAGUCUUGAAGAGAUAAAGGCAUGCAUUGGUAUUCAUUUGAGAAAGGAAGCAAGUAAAAGAUUCUGUAACAGUAUAGCACUGAAUGAAACCACGCUAAGCCAGAAGAAACAAAAAUUUGGAACUAGCGGAGUAUGAAAGCAGGCUUUGCAGUAGGAAGGUAGAGAGGAAUUGGAAUUUGUUUGAGAGCAUUGAGUUUCAAGAAUAUGGGUUACAAAUAUGCUGUUGUACACCAUCCUGGUCAUUCACAUUUCAUUGUGUUUUGUUUGUGAAGACCAAACUAUAAAUUCCUUGCAAUUUUGAUGUGUAAUUUUGGAAAUAUAUAUAUUAAUGACAAGAUCACAUUACAAAUUCUUUUCCUCUA